AAUGUUGGUAAGUGAUGAUAAAAAAAAGGUCAUUUAUUUAGAAGUGCUUUACAGACAAACACGAGAGCAUGUCGUUCUCGUUUCAAGAACAGCGAAGUCCAGCCCAGAAUUUGAUAUAAACUACAGUGGUGAGUUCUGUAGUUAGCACCUGGAAUAGACCUAAGUGCAUGAUGAUAAUGAUAGAGUUCACGACAGUGUCAUCAGCGUAUAGAUUCAUUUCAAUCUUUCGUGCUGGUGCCACCAACUGAAAGACACCAGUGGAAAGGUAUAGCCCUGAAUAUGGAGAAUAACACUAGUGUUCUUGCUGACUCACGCGCAUUAACUACCCUAUAAUUUAGGCCAUAGUAAGGAAUUAUAAUUAUUCUGCUGAUUUAAAUCAGCUAUUGUGAAAGCCCUAUACGUUUGACUGAUGUGUUCUCCCAUUGCACCCGCUUCUUUGCACACUCCACUGGCUUCCAGUUGAAGCUCAUAUCUGCUACAUGGUCCUUGCCUACCAAGAAAUAAGAGGAGCUUCUGCUCCAUACUUCCAGGCAAUUCUCAAAUCCUCUAACCGGGCUCUUCCUUCAGCUACCUCUGGGCUUUUAGCCAUCUCGCCUUUGGAUUUCUAUGAUCCAGUUAAACAUUUUUGAAGAAGAGAACAAGGUAGAAGGUCAACUGGUCCACCAGGCGGUGUCCAACAAUAAUGACAGACUCCUCAAUGAGCUGCUGUCUGAAGAAAAGUACAGGAAAUGCAUUAACUGUAGGAGUGGCUGGGGUAUUCCAGGAACACCUUUACGAAUGGCAGCAUCUAAAGGUCAUCUCCGGUGUGUGCAGGUUCUUCUGGCUCAUGGAGCAGAGGUGGACUGUUUAGAUGUAAAGGCUCAGACUCCACUUUUCAGAGCUGUCUGUGGGAAAUACUUGAACUGUGUUUUAGCACUUCUCAGGGCUGGUGCUAACCCCAAUGGCAGUUUGUAUAACAACUGUUCUCCGGUCCUAACUGCAGCCAGAGAAGGGGAUGGUGAGAUUUUGAAGCAACUGCUUAAACAUGGUGCUGAAGUCAACUCCAGAUCCAAGAUCUUGCUGUUCACUUCAAGUACUGGCGUUUCUAGUGGCCCCCUCUAUCUUUCAGCUGUAUAUGGACACUUUGACUGCUUUAAAGUUUUGCUGCUCUAUGGGGCUGAUCCAAAUUACAACUGCACAGAUCCCAAACUUCUUCCUAAAAUCAAGCAGCCCAAGACGGUGCUUGAAAUGUGCCUCAGACAUGGUUGUGGGGUUGAGUAUAUCCAACUCUUGAUUGACUUUGGUGCAAAUGUCUACCUUCCCACACUCAUCAUAGAGAAAUCCACCAAGCAGAAUGAGGCUGUGGAGCUGCUGUUGCAAGAAAGAGGUUGUCCCAAGUCUCUUAUGUCACAGUGCCGUCUUGCUAUCCGAGGAUACCUCAGAAAGAUCAACAGAAUCCAGUUCAUUGACCAUUUGGAAAUGCCAUCCAGCAUUUUAAACUUCUUGCAAUACAAGUCAGUCCAAACAACUGCUGUGCAUCUUUGAGGAAAGUAUUUUAUGUCACAAAACUUUUUCUACAUUAAACAGAUGCUUACUUAUUUCUAAAAUAAUUUUGUGAUGCUGAAAUAGUCAUUAUUAGUCCUUCAUUUGAGAAUAUCUCUUAAUUCUUUUGUUUUUUAAUCAUUUAAUCUUUUUUUUGUGUUAUUUCGUUUUAUCUCUAUCACAAAGAAUAGUCAAAUAUAUGUGCUUUUCAAAAGACAGCAAUGUCAGCAUAAAAUGUGCUGUAGAAAUUACAGUAAUUAACAUGUCUUAAACACAUUUUGCCACAGAUCAAAUUUUUUACAUGUUUUAUGUGCAUAAAUACUGUAUAAUUAUUAAAUAGUAUUACUUAUGAGGUUCAUAAGUAAUACUUAUGAACCACAGGUAUUUCCUAGGCUUUAUAGAGCAUGAAAUUGUAGUUCGUGGUGUUCCAAUCUUGUAUCCAUAAUUGUAUCUGUUUGUCACAGUUACUUGUAUUCGGAUAUACUUGUGAUUGGAAUAGCUGGAAGUACGUUUUAAAAAUGUUUUGUAUGCUGAUGAAACCUAUAACUCAACUGUGCGUUAUUACAUCAUCACUCACAGAGUGCUUAUUAGUGUUAUUCUGAUGUUCACUGACUCCAAAAAAUAUUUAAAUUUUUUUAAUAUAUAUUUCAAGAUUGGCAUAUGAAUAAAAAAAUAUUACUCUGCCGUUGACACUGUAACUUUGAUAGAAACUCACCAGUUAUAUUAUCAGACUAAGUCACAGUUGCAGUGUGUGGGCAAAAAUGGGUUUCGGCAGGUCGAUACAUAGACACAAAAAAUUGUCAACAGGAUUUUUGUCAAGUCCAUGGGAUUUAAUCUGUGAUUCAGGAGUAUAUUGACAGGGAAAUCUGGCAACCCUGAUCCAUUGCCUCUUUUGAACAGCAUGGCCUGAAGGGAAGUUAGUGCCUCCUGUUUGUUUGGUUUUUCAAGUUUUCUGAUGUUUGACAAAGGGGGACAUGCUUACCAUUAUACCCUGUUACCAUGAAUUCCCAUAAAUAAAUGAAAUAUUACAUUUCAUGUUAAUUGAUUAAAACUACUAAGAAACUGUCA